AUAGCUGUCUGGAGGAGUGACCUCUAUUUUCUCCAGAGCUGGCUGUGCUACCAGGAGUUGCUGUCAGUACCUCUGUCUACUCUGUCUAGCCUGGGACAAAACUUCUGUUCAGUAACUAAUGGCUUAUUUUAAAAAACCCUUCUGUUUUGUCUUCCAGGGUUUGGCAUGACCACCCCAGCCACCGUUGGAGGCAAAAUUUUUCUUAUAUUUUAUGGCCUUAUAGGAUGUGCAGGGACCAUCUUGUUCUUUAACCUGUUCCUGGAGCGCCUGAUCACUGUCAUAGCCUAUGUCAUGAAGUCCUGCCAUGAGAGACAGCUGAGGAGGAAAGGGGUCCUCCCUCACGACGGCCGGCGGGGCUCAGGGACCUCGGAGGUGGACAGCCUGGCAGGCUGGAAGCCCUCAGUGUACUACGUCAUGCUGAUUUUGUGUGUAGCAUCGCUCAUCAUCUCCUGCUGUGCCUCUGCAAUGUACACACCGAUUGAAGGGUGGAGUUACUUUGACUCGCUGUACUUCUGCUUCGUGGCCUUCAGCACCAUUGGCUUUGGUGAUCUGGUCAGCAGCCAGAACACCCACUAUGAGAGCCAAGGCCUCUACCGCUUUGGCAAUUUUGUCUUCAUACUCAUGGGGGUUUGCUGCAUCUAUUCCUUAUUUAACGUGAUCUCUAUCGUCAUCAAACAAUCUAUAAACUGGAUACUAAAGAAGCUGGACUGCAGGUGCUGCCAUAGAUGCCAAAGAAAAUUAUUUCGGUCGCGGAGGAACGUGGUAAUGCCAGGAAACGUGCGCGGCCGGAGAAACAUCUCCAUCGAGACUGACAUCGUCAAUGAGAGCGACACAGACGGGCGCCGGCUGUCAGGCGAGAUGAUCUCAAUGAAGGACUUCCUGGCCUCCAACAAAGUUUCACUGGCCAUCAUGCAGAAGCAGCUGUCUGAAACUGCCAAUGGCUACCCACGGCAAAUGAGCUCAAAGCAAAAUGGAUUCUCUGGUGGAGUUGGAGCCCUAGCAAUUAUGAACAACAGACUGGCAGAGACAAGUGUGGAUAGGUAAUAUAAUACAGAACAGUAUUAUAAAAUAGUACAGGAAUAACAGUGAAGCGGUGUGAAGCAUUUCAACACGUACAAAAACAGUGUGGAUCAUGUGGAUGUACCUAGGCAGAGUACUGUCCUAGGGAGAGGGUGAGGUGGAUGUGAAAAGCAUACUUUCUGUUGGAAGACCACUUACACGUUUUUGGGCUGUCACUUAAUAUGGCUCCAUGAAUUGCACCAGUCUCAGCCUUUCUUCCUCCCCUCCCUUCUGUGCCUCCAACAGGCCACUGCAGGAGAAAUUAAAUUUAGCCUUCAAAUCAAUUUUUCGCAUCCUUUGCUUUUCCAUUUUUGUGAAAUACAGAUUUCAGGAUACAAAAUCUUUGGUAUUGGAACAAAUCAAGAGGAUCUUCUGAACGUAUUCUGAACUCAAAGAUUGUUUUGAGCUUUCUGUCUUAACUCUUCUCAUAAUUGUUUUCUGAAGGUAGCUUGUUUAAGGCUAAAGGAGUAAUCAUUAUAAGCCUUUCUCUGUCAUAUUGCAGAUUUAAUUAGAUCUAAUUUAAUGGAAUAGGAAAAAAACCUGAAAAUAGAAGAAAAAAAAAUCUAUUUUCUUUUAAAUAUCACUCCUUGAAAUGUAUUCCUGUUGUGAAACAGCUAGCUUUGAAAAGCCAGGUUCUGCUGCCAUUAAAAUUGUAUAAAUCUGGAGUAAUUGUAUGAAAGGUGGACUAAGUACUCUGAAGCUGUUGUGAUUUGAAUGAGAGGAGAAUUUGGCCUUUAGAAUUUAUUUUAGUCUUCCCUUUAAAAGGAUUCUGACAAAAGUGAUAAAAUAAAAAAUUAGCCUACUUUUGUUUUUUUU